GCCGGGAGCGCUAUCUCCCUGGAGACCAAGAAGAGAGCUGGUGUGUGGAGAGGGGGCGCUAUCUUGGCCCAGGGUCAGUUCUCCCUUCUCCCGAGGGGGACUUCGAGACUUUGCAGAGACUCCGGGGGUCUCUCGACCGUGUCCAAAAUCCUGGACCAGGCCCGCUUGUGCCCUUUUUUUUUUUUUUUGAGUCCCAUGAGCGUUGGGACGGAUGGAUUCUGAGCCCGUGUGACCUGGUUGGGUUUGUUUUCACCUGUCACCCUCGCGUGCGUCUAAUUUUGGAAAAUAAACAAAGGGUUGACCUGACACAUACGUGCACUGACAGAUCUUCUGUUCAGGAUUCUAAAACGAUCCAGAAAGGUGUUUUUCACAAACCUAAAAACUGGUGAGGUGAAAGAAUAGGGAGUGCCAAACUUUGCCCUUCUUUCUAGAGUGGAAAAAAUUUGGAAUUUGAAUUAGUUCUUCUUGUUCAGAGUUCUUGAUUCCUGUCACAGUUUUGCUUUGUUUUUAGCAAAAUGAUCUUUUCUCUAACCAUCUAAAUUAUCAUUAAGUAUUUAUUAAGGAUCUAUUAUGUGCUAGGGUUCCAAAUUCUGAGAAGCAUUGAUAAUUUGUCUGAAUUAAUAGUGAAUACUGUAGGACCGCCCCUGAAAGAAGCAGCACUCCUUAGCAUCUCCGGUAAAAUGAGUCUUCAAUGCUGUUGUCGAUUAGAACGGCUCAGCUGAGAGAGGCUGUAGCCUUCGCUUUCCCAACUUCUGAGGAGCAGGAAAAGCCUUUGACAGUAAACGUGGAGAAGGAAGAAGACCUUACCUUUAAGCAAGAAUCUCAGUUGCGAAACUUCGCUGACCAAGAAAUCUAUUGCCAACGUUUCAAGCAGUUCUGCUACUACCAGGAAACCCCUGGACCUCGGGAAGCUCUGAACUAGCUCAGGGAACUUUGCCAUCGGUGGUUGAGGCCAGAGAUGCACACAAAGGAGCAAAUCCUGGAGCUGCUGGUGCCGGAGCAGUUCCUAGCCAUCCUGCCUGAGGAGCUCCAGUCUUGGGUAAAAGAAUACCAUCCUUUGAGUGAAGAAGAGGUGGUGACCAUGUUGGAAGAUUUGGAGAGAGAACUUGAUGAACCAGGACAGAAGGUGAGAAUGGAAAAGUAUGAAAGUGAGAAGUUGAUUCUAAAGCAGGAAAUUUCUUUAGUAGAACCUCACUGGUUACUUUUAAGAAUAGUCAUAGUGGAUGCUCCCCAGAAGCCUGAAUCUGAACAAACUUGUGACACUGAGAACAAGAUAAAGGGGUAUCAAGAAAACCUCGCAAUGGAGAAAAGGGAGAAAUCCCCUUCCCAGGAGAGAGUUUCCAAGGAAAUCAGAGAGAUCAUUCAUAAAAAACUUCCCAUAGGAGGAGAGAAAGACCAUAAAUGUGAUGAAUGUGGAAAAUUCUUUUCUAAGAGCUCAAAUCUUAUUCGACAUCAAAGAAUCCACACUGGAGAAAAACCCUAUAAAUGUAAAGAAUGUGGGAAGGCUUUUAGUGGAAGUACCAGCCUUUGUCUACAUCAGAGAAUCCAUACUGGGGAGAAACCUUAUAAAUGUGAUGAAUGUGGGAAAGCCUUUAGUGUGAGUUCCAAUUUGAUUCUUCAUUACAGAAUCCACACAUUAGAUAGACCUUAUGAAUGUGAUGAGUGUGGUAAAGCUUUCAAUUGGAGUUCAGACCUUAUUAAACAUCAAAGAAUCCACACUGGGGUAAAACCCUAUGAAUGUAAUAAUUGUGGGAAAGCUUUCAAUCAGAGCUCUGACCUUAUUAAACAUCAAAGAAUCCACACUGGGGAGAAGCCCUACAACUGUAGUGAGUGUGGGAAAGCCUUCAAUCAAAGCUCACUCCUUAUUAAACAUCAGAGAAUUCACACUGGGGAGAAGCCAUAUCAAUGUAAUGAAUGUGGGAAAAGCUUUAGUCAAAAUGCAGGUCUUAUAUCACAUAUGAGACUGCAUACAGGAGAAAAACCUUAUGAAUGUAGUGAGUGUGGAAAAGCUUUCAGUGAGAGUUCACACCUCAUUAAACAUCAUAGAACUCACACAGGGGAGAAACUUUAUCAAUGUACCAAAUGUGGAAAAAGGUUUAGUCAAAAUGAAGGUCUUAUUUCACAUCAGAGAAUCCACACUGGGGAGAAACCAUACAAAUGUGAUGACUGUGAAAAAACCUUCCAUAAUAGUUCAAACCUUUCUAGACAUAAGAAAAUUCACAUUAGAGAGAGUGAAACCUUAUAAAACUAAUAAAUGUAGGAAAAACUUUUAGGGUAUACUCCUGUAUAGUCAUCAGAGAGUGGAUACUUGAGAAGAGGCCCCAUAAUUGCAAUACAAUACAUUUGAAGUGUUUCAGUUAUAACUCUUCCCUUAAAACAUUAGGGAAUUGGUUAAAACCCAAAGUGGGACAUCUAGGCCUUUUUUUUCCCUUGAAGCAAUUAAUACUCUAUCACUGAGGUCCUCAUAAAAAGUUCUUGACGGCCAAGGAACUGAUCACAUCUUCCAAGAACUGGCACUAAGUAGAGUUCAAAAGUUAAUCAGCACUCUGGAAAAAAUUUGGAACUAUGCCUCAAAAGUUACUAAAUUAUGCACUACAUCACAAAAAGAUCAAAGAAAGAAGAAAAGGACCCAGAUGUACAAAAACAUUUAUGCUAGCCGUUUUUGUAGUAGCAAAGAACUGGAAAUUAAGGGGGAUUACCCCCCUUCGCUUGGGAAAUGGCUGAACAAAUUAUGCUAUAUGAGCAAAAUGGAAUCACUGUGUAAAAGAAAUAAUGACAAUGACAAUUUCAGUGAAACUGGGGAAGCCUUGUAUAAACUUAUGCAGAAUGAUACAAGGAAACAAGUAAACAAGGAAAACAAUUUAUUAAAUAAUAGCAGCAUUAUAAAAACAACUUUGAAAGACUUCUGAUCAUCACAAUAACCAACCAUGAUUCCAAAAGACUGAUAACGAACUAUACUGCCCACCUCCCAACAGAGAGGUGAUAUAGGCUCAGGGUACAGAAUGAGACGUGUUUCAAACAUGGACAGUAGGGAAAAUUCUUUUGCUUGACUAUGCAUAUUUGUUUAAAAGCCUUUUGCUUUUCUGUUUCCCCCACCCCAAUUUUUGGGGAAGUAGGAAGGAGAGAAAAUAAUUUUUGUUCAUUGAAAAAUAUAAAAUUUAAUUUGAAAAAAGUUAGCUUGGGAUCUGGAAGAACUUGGGAAUUUUGUCAUUCAGCAGUAUCUAAGUAUUCAUUUCCUGUACGUCUGACCUUUGUAAACAAUACUCUGUUUUAUAUUUAUGUUCCCAAUUCUCUGGUUUUGUUCGGAACCUGGAAUCUAUGUCCAUUUCUGUUGCCAAAUCUUAAAAGAGAUACAGUGUAUUUGGAGAAGGGAUAAGCAAGAAAAAGAAAUGGGCAUUGGCUGCCUCAAAUGACUGGAAAGACUAGACCCAAAAGACUAGAACUCUUUAUUCUGGAAAACAAAGAAGUGGGUGUCUAUUAAAUCUAUUCUACAAAAUUAUUAACAGGAUAAAUGUGAAUCUGUUCACAAUCUAGAAUUCUGUACCUAAAACUAAAAGAUAUCCCUCCAACCUUUGAAAAACUAAGUGUAGAAUAAAUAAAGAGAAUUAUUAUGUCACAAUAAUGAGAAUAUAAAACUUUUUUCAAAGAAGUUUGUUACAGGCUGAAAAUAUAAACAACUUCAAAAAUAGUUUAGGUAAAUUUUAGGAUAUUGGAUCUAAAAUAUCAAAACUUGUGUUUGGGGGUAUAUAAACCCUUUUAAGUUGACAUUUGAGAGGAUAGCCAUGCCCUCCCACAACAUAUCCUUGCUUUCAUUGUCAGAGAUUAUACUAAACUAGAUGACUAUGUCAGAAGGACAGAUUAUGUUGGUAAAGACAAAUUGAACUAUAACAUAUAAUAACCGGAUUCACUGCAGAGUUUUUAAGUUAUUUGCAAAAUGACCCACUUUUUCCUAAUUCUGAUCCUUGGGUACUUCUGCUGCCCUAGGAUCUUCAUUAAUUGAUUCAACAAACACUUAUUAAACUAGUACUCUUUCUACUGGAGUAAGUACUUGGGGAAAUGCAAAAAUUCAGUUAUUCCUCAAUAUUCACAAGUUUCAUGUUCACAGUUUUAAUUAUUCAUGGGCUUCCCAUCAAUAAUUAAAUGUGAAUUUUUGGAGAUUUGUGGAAUGCUUGGAAAAACUGUAGGAGACACAUGAUAUGGGUAUGUAAAGAAAACUGAAAAAAUUAGUAAUUCAUAAAUGAAUAAAUGCUGUAUAUUAUUAGUCUAGUUUAUCAU